AUGCUUUCCCGGCUCAGCCUAUCCUCGCUCGGUCGAGCAUUCUCGACUUCGGCCGCGCUAUUUGCCAAACCGAAUGUGCCCAAGACGCCUCCAUCGACGCUGAGCGCGCCACUACAGGGCUCGUCGACCCAGUUUAAAACAUACAAGCCUGUGACUCCAUCUCUGCGUCAUUUAAAGUUGCCCGUUUCGCCGCAUUUAUACCAGGGACGGCCACUCAGAGCGCUCACAGUUGCCAAGCGAGAAAGUGCCGGUCGAGGACGAGGUGGGAGAGUGGUGGUGCGAUCCCGUGGAGGAGGACACAAACAACGCCUACGGGUGAUCGACUUUAUGCGCACGACCCCGGGACCGCAUGAUGUUGUGCGAAUCGAAUACGAUCCCGGUCGGAGCGCUCAUGUAGCACUUAUUAAGUCUCGGGACUCCAACUCUGCCCAACCCUGGAGUUAUAUUCUUGCGUGCGAUGGACUCAGAGCAGGAGACGUGGUCGAAAGCUUUCGUAGCGGCAUUCCCGACGGGUUGAUUGAAGGGUUCACCGAUUCUCCACCCCCGACGAAACGCUCUCUCAAGCUACUGGUAAACUCUUCGCCUUCGUCUCCCCAAACCGCACUUGCCACCACCCCAGACGCAUCAGACCUCGCCGCCGCCGUCGCUUCUACGAAUCUCUCCCUCGGUGUCCUUCGUGCUCGUACACUCAAGCCAGGCAACGUCCUUCCUCUCCGUCUCAUCCCAGCUGGCGCCCUCAUCCAUGCUAUCUCCCUCUCCCCAGUCGGCCGAGCCUCGCUCGUCCGUUCAGCAGGAACCUUUGCUCAAGUCGUCGCCCACGACGAAAAGGGCCUCUGGACCCAGGUUCGACUCCAAAGCGGUGAAGUGCGCAACAUCAUGCAGCGAUGCGUCGCUACCAUUGGCAAGGUCAGCAACCCCGACUGGAAACACCGCAACCUGGGCAAGGCAGGACGCAGUAGGUGGCUAGGCCACCGUCCACACGUCCGUGGUGUGGCCAUGAAUGCAUGCGAUCACCCCCAUGGAGGAGGUCGUGGAAAGUCCAAGGGAGGAAAACAUCCGCGCUCUGUCUGGGGCUGGCUUACCAAGGGGCGUCGCACCCGCCGGUCCUCCGAUCGGGAUGGGAAUAAGUUUGUGGUCAAGGAGCGACCUCGUGGUGUUCAGCGGAAUAACUGA